CUGUAACGAAACAUGUAACCAAUCUAAUACUAAAAACAUUUCUUAAAAAGGAAAUCUUAAGGAUAUCCCCUCUAUUCUAAAAGUCAACCACCGGACAACCAUCUGGUCGAUAGUUGCCGAAUAGUCGCGUGACAUCAUAAAUAUUUACAAAGGCGGAAAGUCGAAGAAUUAUGAUUACAUAGCAAAAUAUCUACUGAUCGAAUCAUUAAGACUAUGGAAGAUAAAAAGAAAAUGGCCGUCCGGCCGUUUGUGAAUAAACUCAAAUUGAACUGGCCACAAAAAGUGCAAAUAGCAGUCAUGUCGCUGUUUGUCGCUCCAAUACGUGUUUGUCUGGUAAUUUUCUUCGUAACAACGGCGUGGUGUUUCGCCAAAAUAGGUCUCUAUGGCCAUGAUCCAAGACGUCCAAUGUCAUUCUGGAGAAAUUUUAUCUUCAGACCUCUAGUGGUUAAUUGUUGCCGGUUAAUGUUUGCGGGAGGUGGCUUUUAUUGGGCAAAGUUCACUGGCGAAAGAGUGUCUGCCGCAAGAGCACCAAUUCUUGUUAUUGCUCCUCAUUCGACCUUCUUUGACGCACUCAUUAUUGUUAAAUUAGGUCUAACAACAGUCGUAGCCAAAUCUGGUGCCGCAAAUGUGCCAUUAUUUGGAACACUUCUUCAGUUUUGUCAAGCCAUUUUUGUAGAUAGGGAGGAUCAAAAUUCAAGGCAAAAUACUAUACAAACGAUGAAGGAUAGAUCAGCAACAGGCGGGAAAUGGCCACAAAUAGCAAUUUUUCCAGAAGGAACAUGUACAAAUCGAACGUGUGUACUGAAAUACAAAUCAGGUGCAUUUUUACCAGGGGUUCCAGUUCAACCCGUAGUAGUCCGUUAUCCAAAUGAAUUAGACACUUACAGUUGGACAUGGCGUGGUAUUGGAGUUUGGAAGAUAUUCUGGUUUACGCUAUGCCAGCCAUUUAGCCGCUUCGAAAUGCAUUUCCUUCCAGUUCAUGAUCCGUCUGAAGAAGAGCGUCAGAAUCCUACUCUAUUUGGUGAAAAUGUUCGAAACGAAAUGGCAAGAGCUCUUGGCGUUCCUACAUCUGAAUAUUCUGUCGACGACUGUCUCCUGAUGGAUUAUUCUGAUCAUUUAUUACUACGUGGCAUACAAUUGGCAGAAAAUAUGGUUCAAUUUCGAUUUCACUUUCGACAAAUUAAGGAGUUAACAAAAGAAAAUAUCUCCAAUUCGAUCUUAUCUACCUUACAAUCAACAUAUGCUGAUAAUUCUAGUAUUACGAGAGAUGAAUUGGUCAAUAUAUUAGAUAUAAAAACGGAAGCUAGUGAAGAACGUUUAACACUUGCCUUGUCAACAAUAAAUGAAACGUGCGAAAAAGUCAAUUGGAGAAAAUUUUUUGCAAUUAUAUCAUUUUACAGCUAUCCAUAUAAUAUGAGGAAGUCACUUAUGUCUUUAUUGAUAUCUUACAAGAAAGGUCAGCAACCACUGUUAGGGAAGGAUAUUCUACAGCUUUUUACUCAAGUGCUUAAUUCUUCAACGGAACUUUUUCAAAUUCUGCAAAACCUUUUCGAAGAGGAGAAGCUAUACGCAGAAGAUGAAAUUGAAGAGCUUUUAAAAAUGGAUGAGAAAACAUCAUUUUUAAUUUUUGAUAACAAAAGGUCAAGACAUAAAGAUUUCGAAAAGUUGAAAUCCAGAGUUGGCAUUAUGACAGCCGUGGUUGCAGGCUAUAAAUUGCCCAAGUGGCUCCCAAGAAUGAGCUAUGCUAAGCAAGACACUUUGUUAAAACUCCUUAUUUUGGGAGUUGCCUCUAUUUUGGCUUUUUCAACUCGGCUCUUUUCUGUAUUGAGAUUUGAGAGCGUUAUCCAUGAGUUUGAUCCUUAUUUCAAUUAUCGAACCACGCGUUUCUUGACCGAAGAGGGUUUCUAUAACUUUCAUAAUUGGUUUGAUGAUAGAGCGUGGUACCCGUUGGGCAGAAUCAUUGGAGGAACUAUCUACCCAGGAUUAAUGGUUACAUCUGCAAGCUUGUACCACUUCUUGCACUUUCUUAACAUUUCCAUCGAUAUUAGAAAUGUUUGCGUCUUUUUGGCUCCACUGUUUUCCUCUUUUACAGUCUUUGUAACAUAUCUCUUAACAUCAGAGUUAAGGGAUGCUGGAGCUGGAUUGAUCGCAGCUGCUAUGAUUGCCGUUGUACCUGGCUAUAUCUCCCGUUCUGUGGCUGGAUCCUAUGAUAACGAAGGAAUUGCUAUUUUCUGCAUGUUGUUUACUUAUGCAUUGUGGAUAAAGAGUGUAAAGACAGGAUCUUUGUUUUGGUCAGUUUUAUGUUCUCUUGCUUACUUUUACAUGGUAUCGUCAUGGGGAGGUUACGUUUUUCUCAUCAAUUUAAUACCAAUGCACGUUCUCGCUUUAAUGCUUACUGGCCGAUUCAGUCAUAGAAUUUAUGUUGCAUAUAGCGCUGUGUAUUGCAUAGGAACUAUCUUAUCCAUGCAAAUCUCUUUCGUCGGAUUCCAACCAGUUCAAAGUUCUGAACAUAUGGCUGCUUUGGGAGUAUUUGGACUAUGUCAAAUCCACGCCUUCGUUGACUAUAUCAGAUCAAGAUUAAACAAGGAGCAAUUUGGUGUUCUUUUUAGAACUCUUGUUCUAUUCGCCGGAAGUGUUGCUGCUGUUGCUUUUGCUAUUGGAACUGCAACUGGAAAAAUUUCACCUUGGACUGGAAGAUUCUACUCUCUGUUGGAUCCAUCUUAUGCAAAGAAUAAUAUCCCAAUUAUUGCAUCUGUAUCAGAACAUCAACCUACUACUUGGUCCUCUUUCUAUUUUGAUUUGCAAAUGCUUGUUUUCUUCUUUCCUGUUGGUUUAUACUUUUGUUUCAAGAAACUUACAGAUGCAAACAUCUUCAUUAUUUUGUAUGGUGUUACCUCGAUUUACUUUGCUGGUGUUAUGGUCCGUUUAAUGUUAGUUUUGGCUCCUGUUAUGUGCAUCUUGUCCGGCAUCGCUAUAUCUCAAACUUUGAAAACGUACAUGAAAAAUUUGGAUGAUUUGGUUCCGGGACCAGCCCCGCAGACAAAUACAAAAAAAUCUAAUAAAAAGAUAGAUUCUAACUACCCUGUUAAAAACGAAGUUGCCUCUGGUGUUGUUUUCAUGAUGUGUGUCUUUUUGAUUAUGUACAGCUUCCAUUGUACUUGGGUUACUUCUGAGGCAUACAGUUCACCAUCUAUUGUACUAAGUGCACGAGGAGGAGACGGAGGCAGAAUUAUAUUUGAUGAUUUCCGUGAAGCUUAUUAUUGGCUCAGACACAAUACUGCUGAAGAUGCUAAAGUUAUGUCCUGGUGGGAUUAUGGAUAUCAAAUUACGGCUAUGGCAAAUCGGACAAUUUUGGUAGAUAACAAUACUUGGAAUAAUACGCAUAUUUCUAGAGUUGGUCAAGCUAUGGCUUCUCCUGAGCACCACGCUUACGAGAUUAUGAGAGAGCUAGACGUUAAUUACGUUUUGGUAAUUUUCGGAGGUUUGACUGGAUACUCUAGUGACGAUAUUAACAAAUUUUUAUGGAUGGUUAGAAUCGGCGGUAGCACCGACAAGGGCUCACAUAUAAAGGAAGCUGAUUAUUACACUCCUCAGGGAGAGUUUAGAAUUGACAAAGAAGGUUCAUCAACUCUCCUAAAUUGUCUAAUGUACAAGAUGUGCUAUUAUCGUUUUGGCUCUAUGUACACUGAGCAAAGUAAGCCUCCCGGUUAUGAUAGAGUACGAAAUGCCGAAAUCGGCAAGAAAGAUUUCGAGUUGGACGUGUUAGAGGAAGCUUACACAACAGAACAUUGGUUGGUUAGAAUUUACAAAGUAAAGGAUCUUGAAAAUCGUGGCAAUUAG